CCUCCAUGUGCCGUCACCCACCACAGUCCCGUCCCAUCUCCGCUGUCACCAAUUGUCACCGGAACCUCCGUCACAGUAACCCGCGUCUAAAAGUUCCACUUCGUACUUUUUUUCUGAAUGACGGGCGGCCGGUUCGACUUUGACGAUGGCGGCACCUACUGCGGUGGGUGGGAGGACGGCAAAGCCCACGGCCAGGGUGUGUGCACCGGACCCAAGGGCCAGGGCGAGUACUCGGGCUCCUGGUCCAACGGCUUCGAAGUGGUGGGGGUGUACACCUGGCCUAGCGGGAACGUGUACCAGGGCUACUGGGCGCAAGGGAAACGCCACGGACUCGGCGUGGAAAGCAAGGGCAGGUGGACAUACCGGGGAGAGUGGACGCAUGGCUUCAAGGGUCGCUACGGAGUACGGCAGAGCCUGAACACACCGGCCAGGUACGAGGGCACUUGGAGCAACGGGCUGCAGGACGGCUACGGCGUGGAGACGUACGCUGAUGGAGGUACAUACCAGGGUCAGUGGACUGGUGGAAUGCGUCACGGGUAUGGUGUUCGUCAGAGUGUCCCAUAUGGAAUGGCAUCAGUCAUCCGCUCACCUCUGCGAACCUCACUGGCCUCCCUUCGUAGUGAGCAGAGUAAUGGCACGGUGUUGCGAGACAGUCUGUCUGAUAGCCCUGCCGGCACUCGUGGUGGCUUUGUGCUGAACUUCCAUUCAGACGGAGACAGCUCUGAGAAAAAGAAAGGGCUCUUCCGCCGUGGCUCUCUUUUUGGCAGCCUACAGCGGUUGCGUAAAUCUGACUCACGCUCAUCCAUCUCCAGCAAACGCAGCUCAGCACGUAGCGACACCACCAUGAGUCGUAUCAGUUCUAGUGAUGCCAAUUCCACCAUCAGUUUUGGAGACGGUGAUGACGACUUGCCUCUGGAGGACAAUGUUGAUGCCACCACUACUGAAUCCUACAUGGGCGAGUGGAAGAACGACAAGCGCAGUGGUUUUGGUGUCUCAGAGCGGUCCAACGGCAUGAAGUAUGAAGGAGAAUGGUUAAACAAUAAGCGCCAUGGCUAUGGCUGUACUAUCUUUCCCGAUGGCACCAAAGAAGAAGGGAAAUACAAGAAUAAUGUGUUGGCCCGAGGUAUCAGGAAGCAGCUAAUACCAUUGAAGAACACCAAGACCAAACAAAAGGUUGAUCGCGCUAUUGAAGGAGCAGUGAGAGCAGCUGCCAUUGCCAGAACCAAAGUAGAGAUUGCCAUCUCCAGAACAUCUCACACUCGGGCCAAAGCAGAGGCAGCAGAUCAAGCUGCGCUGUCAGCGAGUCAAGACUCAGACAUUGCCAGAGCUGUGGCCAGGGAACUCUCACCCAGCUUCUAUCAGCCAGGCCCAGACUACAUUCGGCAGAAGUUCAAUGAGCCAGUGGAAGUGAAGGAUAUCCCAGAGGAGAAUAAAAAGGAGAAAACUCCAUCAAGUAGCCCUCAUUUCUACCGGAAAGGCACGACGCCAACGCAUUCUCCAUCUCAGAGCCCGGGCCCCAGCCCCACUCCUUCACCAACUCCUGUUAAGAAGACCUUAUUCAGCAGUAAACCAUCUGCGACUGUCAAACCCCCAAUGUCAACGCCAACUGAUGAGUCUUUUACCACAGGCAUUACAAAGGCUGCAUCUAAACUUUCUCUCAGACAGGAAGGGAGGCAACAGGUGCCAACUUUGCUACCAGUUAAACCAGCCAUGCCAAUCAGUAGUUACCCGAGCAAUGGGCAGAUCCAUUCCCAGUACCAUGGUUACUACGUCAAGGCAGAUGUCAAGAUCUUGCCACCAGAAGAACCAAUUGAUGUGGAAGAUGAUUUUCACCCAUCUAGCCUAGCACGCUUGCCGCCACCUACAAAACAAAUGUGGGCACCAGCGCCGAGUCCUUCCCCAGUCCCACCAAAGGAGAACACCAAAGCUCCAGAGUCUUCUAAAAUAAAAGUGCAGGAAUCAAGCAAACCAAAGACUUUGGCAGAAACCAAGAAAGCAAGUGUGGAAAUUAGUCAUGAAAUGGUAGCGGAAGAGUCGGGUCCUAACUCUAUCUUGGUGGCGCUGGUGAUGCUAUUGAAUGUUGGUCUAGCUAUUAUAUUUGUCCAUUUCCUCACCUGACCAUAUUUGAACUGAGAUUUACCCAAACUUCACGCCCAAGUUUCUCUCCAUCGGCCAGGGACCUUUCAAACGUGGCUCCCGUCUGAAUGGCAGACGUGCAAAAUGGAGGACUGAAAAUAGAUGAGCCAAGGAAGCGAGAAAAGAAUGUGGAGCAAGAGGAAAAAAAGACGUGGGAGAGAAAGACGAAACCAACACCACCACCAUCAUUUCUGGAUGGAUGAGAUGACUCUUGGGUGUUCGGCGCAACCUGAUUGGACUGGGGAUGAUUUGUGCCUCCACUUAGAAGGCAGUGAAAGUUGAAGCAAGUGGUCUCUGGUUGGCAACGAGAGAGAAAACAACACCUGAGCCUCAGCGUUAGGUUCUCGAUCAGGUUUCGAAACAAGCGCACACAUGGACCAUGAAUGUGAGUGAGUGUGAGGGCUACAAUUUCCGUCGCCUUUGCAGUCUUUUGAAUAUGGUUCAUCUAUAAUGCUCCAUUUCCACCCAGCACCUCUUGAAAUUUGAAACGUUUCCAAUGCUGCAAUAAAGUUUGUGCCUCAUCCAGCUUAUAUGAAGACCCUUUUUGAAUUUGCCUUUUAGAAGAAACACACUUCUGCUUGCUAUUGCUUCAGUGUGUCCUACCAUUAAAUGUGCUUUUUCAAUGACUUACCAGUCAGACUACGCCUCACAAUCACACGGCACCAUUCUGGCCGUUUGUUAUGCCAGCUGGGAAGUAUGGCAGCCUUGCAGAUAUUGUGAUUUUAUGUGUGAAACUGCUUACCAACUGUCUAUCACAAAAUAUCAACACAAGUGUACUAGGAUUGAACACAGGUUUGUGUGUAUCUCGGUGGUUCUGACAUUUGUGUGUGAUUGUGGGUGUGUGCGUUGUGCACUGGAUAUGUUUGUCGACGCACUUUGAGCUGAUGGACGCCAACAGCUGCCGUACCGUUUUACAGAGUGACGUGUUGGCGGGUGAAAAGGGUCGGAGGCAGGAAUGUGAAGCGCUCGACUGAUUCUCUUCCCGCCGGUCCUGGGAGAGUGACUCUAUUUCUACCAGCAUGUCUGUUGAUCUUUUCAUGUCUCUUUUAUCUGCACUGUCAAGGCCAGCAGGUUUCUGAAAGGGUUGGGUAAUACGGGAACUGUUGGUAUCACUUUGAUACCAAGCAAAUACAGGGCCGGUACUGCUGAUUCCCAUAAUGAUACCAAUUUUCUUACAUGCAAUUGUUUGAGUCAAUAGUGCAAAAAUAAAAGAAAAAACUACUAUUGGCUUUCAUUUAAAUCCAUUUGCCCCCAAAGCCCUUAUUCCCUGAGUUUGUAAAUACUGUAACAAUAUAUAAAUACAGUAAUCCCUUGUUUAUGGCGGUUAAUUGGUUCCAGACCCAACUGUGACAAAUUCAUUUCCGCGAAGUAGGAUUCCUUCUUUAUAAAUGGAAUAUUUUUGUAGUUGGAGCAUAGAAAACUGGCUUACAACCUUCUAAAUACAAUUUUUAACAUUAUUAGAGCCUUCUAGACAUGAAAUAACACGCCUAGAGUCACCUUUACACUCAUAUUACCCUAUAUAGUAGACAUAAUAAGAGAAAAUAAGACAUAAAUAAGACUGGUGUUUGUGUGUGUUGCUGUAAAUGUGUUCCGGUGCUAGGGGAGCUGGGUGCAGGGGCGGACAGAAAGUGACAUCAGGGGUUCAGAGUUGAGUUUUAGCUUGGCACUGGUUACGGCCGCAACAGUAGCUUGUGUUAGGGAUUAUUGUGCCUGUUGUGAGAUCGUUCAAACCUGCAAUAAAAAGCUUUUUUUUCGGCGAUCAAGUCUGGUGCUUGUGUGUCUCUCCAACAUUACAGUAACAUUACUGACACCUAGUGACCAGUGUACAAUACUACAUAACUGCUUCUGAAUGCCUUAUCUUUGUAUUUUUAUUCAUUUAGCCAUUUAUAUGUUUGGAAAUGCUUCAUUCUGGAAUUUCCCCAUGUGGGACUAAUAAAGGCAUAUCUUAUCUGGAGGGGAAAAAAGGAACAUUUGCUUAAAUAUGCUUUUUUUUUCUUUUUUUUUUUACAAACAGGCCGUAUUCAACCACCAGUGAUUUGCCAAUAUAUUUUUCAAAAACUGCAAUAGAGUGAAGUCACGAAAUUCAGUGCUGAGGGAUUACUGUAUAAAUAUAACAAUGUAACAAUACAGUGGAUCCCCGUGCAUUCUUUCAUUCAUUCAUUCACAGCUGUGAAAAAUGGUUGUUUUUUUUAGUCUGUUUUUUCCGGAUCAUAUCUCAUUCACCCUAAUUGACAGUAAUUUACAAAUAGGUGAUUAUACAGGUAACAUGUACAGCUUACAUGUUUAUGUCUUUAUACUGAUAAUGUCUUUUCAGCCAAAAAGAAUAAAUAAUAACUUGGUGCAUGUAAACGCUAAUACUUGAGUUACUGGUAGAGGAAUGAUACUUUUACUAUUGUAAGUGUUAGCUUUCAAGAUAGGGCAAGUUUGUCACAUUAGUAUUUUGUUUUAUGAAAUUAUUCAUGAUAUAUGCUGGAUUUCUGACUGUUGGCUUGUUUUUUGUCCAUUUAGGUGCUUGUGAUUUGAAUCAAUCAAUUUUAUGGAGCUUUUAGCUGAUUGGGCUGCGGGGCCUGUCCCAGCUGACUUUGGGCAAGAGGUCGCCAGCCAACAGUAUAGGCAGACUUACAGUA